CGUUUUAUGGAGCGGGAUGGCUGAACGGGGUCAAUAUCCUCAAGUGCAACGACGACCCAACGCGACAGAAGCUCUGUGGGAGGGGGCCAAGCAGGAGGCGGUAGACAGGGAGUUAAUCCCGUCUAUACCAAAGGCGAAGGUGCUCUUCCCCAUUGCUCUCCAAGGAGAGCGAGCACUGAAGCUGCUGCAGAGGCAAAAUCCGGGCGUGCUGGAGAGCGAGGAGAAGCCCCUUAUGGAAGCUUCCUGCUACAUGGCACACGACAGACCCGCACCACAGGACGAACUUGGGAGUCUGGUGACAGAAGCCGGCCCCAAAAACCACCAACUCAUCAUUAGUACGGAUUCCAAUGCGCACCAAAAUGUGUGGGGAAGCCCCGACAUCAAGGACAAUGGCCAAGCGGAUAUCUCCCAAGAGGAGGAAUCUAAGCAAGCCUAGGCUGAGCAACGGGUACGGGAGGGCCGAAAAACACUUGAUCGACCGCAGUGAUGACAAUGGGAAGAUGACAGCGGCGCAGUGGCGGCGAUCAUCUCGCGAAUGGGACGGGACCCCAGCGCUCCCAUGCCCACGUUUUAUGGAGCGGGAUGGCUGAACGGGGUCAAUAUCCUCAAGUGCAACGACGACCCAACGCGACAGUGGCCGGUGGAGAAGGUGCCCCAACUGGAAGC